GUCUACAAUCCGUGCUGGCGAAGUCGACCUGUACCGGUGGGCAGAACGCUGCAGAAAGAGCAGGAGAUACGGCGGGAAGUAGAGACAAAAGGCGCUUCAUCAGCAACAACAAUGACAGCUAACAAACAACCGUUAAGUGCCGCAAAAAAUCGCCAAAAAUUGAAAACUGUGGGAAUACUGCUGCACGUCAGGGACGCCGCAAAAGCCACGCCAAGCUCACACAUAGCUACAAAUCUCGUUUGCCCAUGGUGGGACGCGUACACAGAGAGAAAAUGUGGGGACCAAAAAUUAGGAGUGUUAAAAUGGCAGAUUCCGCCUCUUUUAACUGCAAGUUCCAAAUCAAAUAUUAUAUUUAUAUUUGAUGUUAUUUAA